AUGGCAGGGCUGUGGCUAGGUUUGGGUUUCACAGCUGGCAAGUCCAUCGCUAUUACGCUCUGGUCUGCUAUCACCGCACCUUUCCGUGGCCAAACAGGUGGCGCUACAGCCUACAAGCAUGUGGCCAUUACAUUUGCUCGGUCGUUCUUUGGAACUGCUUCUAUCGAACAAAUCCAACUGUCUCUAUCGGAAAAUCUUCGCGGCGCACUUCUUUUAUCGCCAUGGAUCGAUUUCGGCACGGACCACGAAAGCUUCCGCACAAAUGCGGACAAGGAUGCUAUCUCGGCCGAGUCUCUCGGUAGAUGGGCUGAGGCGCUUUUCGGAGAUACUAAGAUGGACAAGUAUACUAAUCCUACUGAUGCGCCGACAGGCUGGUGGAAACUUCUGCCUGUGGAAAAAAUCUUUAUUGGCGUUGGCGGAGAUGAGGUUCUUUUGGACUCUAUUGUCAGUCUGGCACACAAAAUGAAGACCGAACAUCCAGACGUGCUGGUCAGUCGUGUUCCUCGGGAGUUUCAUGUCGAGCCCAUCACAGAUUUUGGGUUGGGACUUUCCCCUGGCGUGCAGUAUCAAGCCAUGGCUGCUUGGUUGAACCAAACCUUUUCUCAAUAG